UGCAUUUAAAAUGCUGAAAAGACCAAGUUGACUGUUAAAAAUGUGUUUGUAUUGUUAUUCUCAGAAAAGAUUGUUGAGCUUUAUUUUGAAGGCUGGAAAGAUAGUGUAAACAGGAAGCGGGUAACAGGAAGUAGGAAGUAUAGAGGAGACCUGAAAACAGAGAGAGAACAUGGGUGCAGUUGUAUAGUUUCUCAUGUUGAAUCCAGUGUAAUCCUGCAUAUGAAUCCCUCAGAAAGCAAUGGCUGCAAGACGGCGGUGAUGCUUUCAUGGACCUCAUCACCUGCUUGGCUCUUUCCAUGUCGGCGUCCCAUGGAACAGCCCUCCAUUUUUUGAAGGUCUGGCAGCAGAGAGGGCCGAGACAGGAUGUCACAGCUUUUUAGCUGCCAUCCCAUGACUGGUUGCUCAUCCCCUGCACAGUUUUACAAGGAGUGGCGACGAAACUACGCCGCUGCACAAUCACGGAAUGGAUGGACAGGACACCCAGACUGGGCAGCUCCACACUCCCACCAACAUCCUCCUCCUCUCUCUGGCUGUCUCAGACUUUCUCGUGGGCCUCCUGCUGAUGCCGGGAGAACUCAUUCGAAAAACAUCCUGCUGGUUUUUUGGUGACCUCAUGUGUUCUCUGUAUAAGUAUUUGUCCUACAUCAUUACCUAUGCAUCAGUAGGUGUCAUGGUGCUCAUAUCAGUUGACCGUUAUGUUGCUAUUUGUGACCCUCUGCAUUACACCUCCAGAAUUACUGUGAAUAGAGUGAAACUCUUUGUUUGUCUGUGUUGGCUCUGUUCCGUUUGCUACGGCAGUCUUGUUGUGAAGGAUGACCUGACUCAACCAGGCAGGUAUCAUUCCUGCUAUGGAGAGUGUUUGAUUGUCAUUGACGUUAUUGCAGGAACUGUUGACCUUGUGUUAACCUUUAUUGUUCCAGUUACUGUCAUCGUAGUUCUGAAUAUGAGAGUAUUUGCUGUGGCUGUGUCUCAGGCUCGUGCCAUGCGCUCUCACAUUACAGCUGUCACACUCCGGCUUUCAGUGACUCAAACAGCAAACAAAUCUGAGUUGAAAGCAGCCAGGACUCUUGGUGUUCUUGUAGUUGUGUUUCUAAUCUGUUUCUGCCCAUACUACUGUUUCACUCUUGCAAGUGAAAACAUGACCAAUUCUUCAAAUACAUUCUUUGUGCUGUUUCUGUUCUAUUUUAACUCAUGUCUAAACCCUGUGAUCUAUGCCUUGUUUUACUCCUGGUUUAGAAAAGCAGUUAUACUCAUUGUCACUCUUCAGAUACUGCAGCCUGGCUCCCGUGAGGCCAACAUACUGUAG